AUGCCCAGCUCAACAUUCCAAUCCUUCAGCACAUCCUCAUCCAGCACAACCAUCAACGGCCAAACAACCUCAAAGUCCGAGCACACCUUCACAGACCCCAGCGGCACCCGUGUCGAGCGUACACAUCAAGCUCCAGGUGAAGCGCCGCGCGUUGAGCGAUUUGAGACGGAUUCGUCGGGAAGACAGUUGGAAGACCACAGACAUGCGGAUGCGAAGCGGAUUCAGGAUGUGACGGAAGAGGAGGACGCUAAGAGCAAAGAGAGGGAGUAUGAGGAGAGGAUGCAGGAUGAAUAUGCUAAGAGGGAGGGGGGUGCUUGA